UGUAGUAAUUCAUCUAAAGUAUUUCAUUCUGAAAAAUUAUCAAAUUUCUUAUUGAAUUCGUCCAUAUAUUUAUCAUAAGUGAAGUGUAACUAAAUACUAACUUUUGCUUAUGUAGUUACAGUUGUUUGUCAAAUCGAGUAUUGAAGUAUGGCUCUCGAUUUGUAUCGUACAGAUUUAGCAAAGAAAACAGAUAGUGUACCAUUGGUGCCUGUCAAAGAUAUUAUAAAUUCUAAAUAUUACAUUGAUCCUUUGGAACUUUUGGGCGAACGGAGUUUCAAUGAACCUCGAGAAGUUCAUGAAUCCGAAAUUGGAAGUCCAGUACAAGAAUUUUUCCGUAAUGCAGUAGUAUUUAUAACCGGUGGUACAGGUUUUAUGGGCAAGAUGCUUGUGGAAAAAUUGCUCAGAUUGUGUCCUCAUAUUAAGCAUAUUUAUUUGUUGAUCCGGUUUAAAAAAGGCAAAAACAUUGAACAACGAUUAGAAGAUAUAUUUGAAGAUAGGUUAUUCAAACGAUUAAAACAUGAAGUACCCAAAUAUUAUCACAAAGUUUCUGGUUUAGCCGGUGACUGCUCUUUGUUUGGUCUUGGACUUAGUAUCACUGAUCGAAAUAAGCUGAUUAACGAAGUAACAGUUAUUUUUCAUGGAGCUGCCACUGUACGUUUUGAUGAACAUAUACGUGUAGCAAUGAACAUUAAUGUUUUAGGAACUAGAGAAUUGCUCAAAUUGGCUAAGGAAGUAACCAACUUAAAAGUCAUAGCGCAUAUUUCUACGGCAUAUGCAAAUUGUAAUCGAAAAGAAAUCUAUGAAAAGUUUUACAAUCCUAUUGCUGACUAUGAAGAUAUUAUUAAAUUGCUUUCUUCUUAUGACGACAAAACACUUAUAAAAAUGACUAAAGAAAUCAUUGGUGAUUUACCAAAUACUUAUUCAUUCACGAAAUCCUUAGCAGAGGAUGCUAUUCGAAGAGAAGCACAAGACCUUCCAAUUGUGGUGUUUCGACCCACUGUUGUGAUAGCUACUUAUCGAGAACCAGUAAGAGGUUGGAUAGAUAAUGUAUACGGUCCUACUGGAAUUAUAGUUGGAGCUGGUACUGGAGUCCUUCAUACCUAUUAUUUACAUUCCACUACUACAUCUGAUAUGGUACCGGUUGACAUGACUAUUAAUGCUCUUAUAUGUGCUGCCAAAGAAACUGGAACAAAUCGGAAAGUGAAUGAAAUUCCUAUAUACACGUAUUCAAGUUCAGAACAAAAACCAAUCACUUGGAGAAAUUUCACUGAAAUGAAUAGACGUUAUGGCAUUUUAUGGCCCUCUGUUCGGGCGGUUUGGUACUUUUCUUUUUCAACGACCAACAAUCAAUUUCUUUUCUCCUUGUUGAAUAUAUUUUAUCACAUCAUACCAGGGUAUAUAUUGGACGGAUUGGCUUUAUUAACUGGACAAAAACCUAUGUUGACUAAAAUUUAUAAAAAAAUGGGUAAAGUUAAUGCUAUAUUAGCAUAUUACGCUAAUAGAAAUUGGAAGUUCAGCAACGAAAAAAUACUAAAGUUGUGGGAGAAUCUCGAUAGUCAAGAUAAAGAACUGUUUAAUUUUGAUAUAAACCAACUUUCAUGGGAAAAAUUUUGCCAAGCACAUUGUCUUGGAUUAAGAGUUUACCUCGUAAAAGAUGAUUUACACACAUUACCUGCAGCAAGGAAAAAAUGGGAAAAAUUAUACUAUGCACAUAAAGUUUUGUUAAUAAUAGUAUAUGCUUCAUUGCUGUACUUAUUAGUAUUUUUCGUGUCUUUACUAAGAAAAUUGACUGGAUUCACGUAAACAAAUUAUCUGUUGGAUUAAAUACCAUUUGAAUGUACCUUUAUCAAAUGUAAGAAUUUUUUAGAAUUUUAAAUCAUGAAUUAGUUUAAUUUGUCUUAACUCAAUAUGUUUAUAAGGGGAAUACCAUAAACAAAAUUAUAAAUUACUUGGCAAUAGCUGUUGUUUAUUUUUUGAUGAAUUUAUUAUUUA